CAUUGUGAUAAAGUAGAAAAGGAAUACAGGAUUCACAGUUGAGGUUGAGGUCUAUAACGGUUGCAAAACAAAAUCCGUUGGGUUGCCGGGGAGCGUUCCGCGCCACAGAAACUCGAGCUGCUCUCCUUCUCCGUCUCAGCCAUGGCGAGCAUCACUGUGAUGCUCGUUCGCCCCAAUCUCAUACCCUCUUCUUCCGACAUGGUUUCCCUUCCUCUUCGUCGAUCUCUUCCUCCCACAGCCAUCCGCUUCCGCAGGUCCAAGAAAUCUACCUCUUACAAACCUUUCUCCCUCUCCGUCUCGGCUUCUUUACAAGCUCUAAUUUUCGACUGUGACGGCGUCAUCCUUGAGUCCGAGCACCUGCACCGCCAAGCAUAUAACGAUGCGUUUGCUCAUUUCGACGUCCGUUGCCCUAAUUCUACGUCGGAGCCUCUCAAUUGGAGCAUCGAGUUCUACGACGAUCUCCAGAACCGCAUUGGUGGCGGCAAGCCCAAAAUGCGAUGGUACUUCAAGGAGUAUGGAUGGCCAUCUUCAACGAUCCUCGAGAAGGCUCCGGAAGACGAUGAGGACCAAGCAAAGUUGAUCGAUACUCUUCAGGACUGGAAAACGGAAAGGUACAAAGAAAUUAUCAAAUCUGGAACCGUGAAGCCCAGGCCUGGGGUUCUAAGAUUGAUGGAUGAGGCAAAGUCCGCUGGCAGGAAACUUGCUGUAUGCUCUGCAGCUACCAAAAGUUCAGUUAUUCUUUGCCUUGAAAACCUCAUUGGAAUUGAUCGGUUUCAAAAUCUUGAUUGCUUCCUUGCUGGCGAUGAUGUGAAAGAAAAGAAGCCAGAUCCAUCUAUAUACAUAACAGCUUCAAAAAAGCUAGGCGUGUCAGAAAAGGAUUGCCUGGUGGUUGAGGAUAGUGUUAUUGGCUUGCAGGCUGCAACAAAAGCUGGGAUGCAAUGUGUMGUUACCUACACAACUUCCACAGCAAACCAGGAUUUUAAAGAAGCGAUAGCAACCUAUCCAGACUUGAGUGAAAUAAGAUUGAAGGACUUAGAUUCACUACUACAAAAUGUUGCCACUGCCAGAUAGAAAAUUUCUUACAACAUUGAAUUCAUGAUAACCAGGGAGGUUCCAUGAAGUUUUGCUGCUAAUAUUGUUUUGGUAUUUCCAUACAAUGUACAGGUCUAUAUGUAUAUUUGAAUGGCAAGAUUCAAUUGAAGAUUUUGUUUACAAUCCUCUUGUUCACUAGAAAAUAUAUAUAAUUUGAAAGUCA